AUGAAGAAUAUUGUAUUCACUAAUGAAUUGAAUGAUGAAUACUAUGAACGAGUGCUCGAAUCGUGUGCUUUAGUGCCAGACUUGGCUCAACUUCCGGACAGAGAUCUGACAGAAAUCGGGGAAAAAGGUAUCAAUUUGUCCGGCGGUCAGAAACAGAGGGUUUCAAUGGCGAGGGCUGUCUAUUCCAACCGAGAUAUCUAUUUACUCGACGACCCGUUCAGCGCUGUGGACACACAUGUGGGCAAACAUUUGUUUGAGAAAACUAUUGGAAGAAACGGUUUAUUAAAAGACAAAAUGAGAAUUUUAGUCACAAAUAGUGUCUCUAUUUUGCCAAAUGUGGACCAAAUUGUGGUCAUAAACAAUGGAUACGUCUCUGAAUCGGGAACUUUUGAAGAGUUGAUCUCAAGAAAUGGUUAUUUCGCCGAAUUUGUGACCGAAUAUCUGUCCCAACAGUCGGACAAUGAACUCAAACAUGAAGAAAAAACAAAUAUUAAUCAAUUAAGAAUGAAAAUGAAAUUUUUGGUUAAUAAAGUUAUUUAUCAAACAAAUGGAGGAAAUGAAUGGAAAAAUCUAAUGAAACAAAUGUUAAAUAAUUUGAGAGAAAAACGAUUAAAUAAUAUAAACGAAGAAAAUAUUAUUAAAAACCAAUUAUUAUUUAAAACGAGUGGAAAGUUAACCGAAACCGAAAACUCAGAGACGUGUUCUGUUGGACUAAAAAUAUACACAAAAUAUAUUCAUUUAAUUGGUUUGUGGUUUUGCGCCGUUAUUAUUGGCUCAUCACUCGCCUCAGCAAUGGCUCAGAUAUUAUCGGGUCUUUGGCUGAGCGAGUGGUCCGACGACUGCCUCGACUCUAAUUAUAAAAACGACACAAAUGUUCGGUACAUAAGACUCGGAGUUUACGCCGGAAUCGGUGUCUUUGACACUGUUUUCACAUUCAUUUCGCAAACAUUUAUCAGUUUUGGAUGUAUUGGAGCCGCAAAACACUUGCAUAACAUUAUGUUGGAUAGAAUUAUAAGGGCGCCAAUCAGUUUCUACGACACGACACCAAUCGGACGAAUUCAGAAUCGGUUCAGUCGUGACAUGGAUUCAGUCGAUUUUUCGGCUGACAAUAAUAAUCAUUUUGAGAGCAUUUGUGGCCGUUUCUCUCACAACAUUUCAAACGCCAUUAGUAUUGACUGCAAUCCUUCCCCUCUAUAUAUUCGCACUUCUCGUCAACUCAAACGCAUUGAGUCGACCACUCGUUCCCCUAUUUAUAGUCAUUUCAGUGAAACAGUUAGCGGUUCCGCCAGUAUUAGAGCGUAUGGAGUGUCCCAUCAGUUCAUACAGGAAUGCAAUAGACGGAUCGAUGAAAAUCAUAUGUGUUAUUAUCCAAGCAUUAUGGCUUCCCAAUGGCUCGCAAUCAGACUUGAAUUAUUAGGUCAUUGUAUUGUAUUUUUAACGGCAGUAUUUACGGUGUAUUAUCGUUUCGAAUUUAGUCCGGGUAUUGCGGGUCUGGCUAUGAGUUAUGCACUUAAUAUAACUCAAAGUUUGAAAUUGCUAGUAAAUUCGACAUCAAAUGUUGAAACUGAUAUCGUUUCCGUUGAGAGAUGUUUUGAAUACACAGAAACUCCAAUUGAAGCCGAAUGGCACAACGAGGCGACUAAACUAUCGCCCGAUUGGCCCGAAAGGGGAGAAAUAAAGUUCAGUGAAUACAGCACUAAAUAUAGAGAAGGAUUGGAUUUAGUGCUCAAAACGAUUACAUUAGAAAGAAGGUGGGAAUAUUCUAACUUAGGAUCGUUCGGCUAUUCCGUCCUCUCCUCCUCCGCCUCCCGCUCUAUGGGAUUUAACAUGUGA